CGAUUGUGCGAACAUGCGAUUGCUCUGGACUUGCAUCAGGGCGUGUUGCAGCUAGUUUAGUCUGAAAUCGGCAAUGGAUACAGUAUAGCAAUAACUAAGCUUAAUAGUUUAGUUAGCUCAACAGGGUUUUUUUUUUUUUGAUUGAGAACUAAUUUUGACAGUCAUGUCAUCAGAAACUGUUCUCACUGUGCGCCUGGUUCGCUCAUUUGAGCAUCGCAAUUUCAAAUCGGUUGUGUUCCGAGGUGUCAAUUUGGACCAGAAGGUCGAGCAGUUUAUUGGUUUUGUAAAGAAAGACGCUUCCACCAGAGAAGGUUUGCCCCCACCUUUUAAGAGAUUUGACUAUGACACCAUGAAGAUCAUCCAUCAAGCACAUGGAGCAAAGACUAACGAGCUGGUGAUGAGUUUAGAGGAUGAUGAGAAGUUAAUUCUACACAAUGGCCUCGAUUUACGAGCAUGUGGUCCAAUGAAACAGAGUUGGCCUUCUUUAAGAUGAGUGACUAUGAAAAAUUCAAGGCCAACCCCCAGACUGUAUGGUAACACAAAGAAAGUGACUUGUGUGAGGGAAUCCUGAUGUGUUUUUAUUUGAAAGCAGUGCAACAUACCUGAGUUUUCAUUGCCCAGACUCAAGACAACAAAAAAUGGUAUUUUAAUUUAACUUUAGUUUAAUUUCAGUCACUUUGUCAGCAGACUUUAUUUUAGACAGACAUGAUUUAAAGUUACAUAAGUUUCAUUUUAUAGAGUUUUUUUUUUUCUUCAUGUCGCUUGCACAAUUUUCACAGGAAUGUAUGCACUGAGAAAUACAUGAACUUUAAUGUUUAAAAAAUUUAAUCAGCAUAAAAAAACGGAUGUGAUUACAUGCAUAACAUUUUUAAUACCAUUUGUUUUCUUUUAAUUACUUAUCAAUCAGUUGUGCAUGUGACAAAUUGCUUAUUAAAUAAACCCCAUUUAAAAUA